AUCUCAGUUCCCGCACAAAAAGCGCACUGUUUUCGGGUGCCCCCAAACGAUGGACGAAGUGCCGGCCAGUCCGGUCGCAGUAAAGCGCAAGAAAUUCCGCCGGAAACAAGGUCCACUGUUUAAACGUGCCAAGAAAGCGUCGGCCGGCGAAAGUUUCGCCGACGAUGGAUCGUCCUACGAGCAGCAUUCGGAAUGUGCGAGCGACCUUCAUGUUACCGAGGCGGAGUUACCAGAAGCGGCACGAAAGCUGUCGACCUUUUACUACGACGAGGAUGUUGAGCAGUUUGAAACGGUGCAAGCAAAUCCUCUGGCUUCGGCAAUACUGCUGGAAAAGGCCAAUGCCAUCCCGGGACCGAGUAAAGUGCUGUCACGGCAGUUUGCUGCCUGCUGUACUGAACAGUUCCUAACGGUGGCCGAGCUGGCCAAACGGGCUGGAGAUGAUGAAGAAAGUGAUUUUGCGCCACCGCAGGAGUACAAGGCACAAUCAACCAUAAAGCCUCACAACUAUAGCUUCACACAGAUGGAAAUUGAUACACAAAUGAUCGACCUAUUUGAGGCGGCGGAUCUGUUGACCGGACCGGGCAUAGAAAAGCAGCCACCGAAAUUGCCGCUGCCUCUAUCUGAGAUUCUUAGAGCAGACACUGAUGGGAAGGAUACAGUUCCGUCGAAGCUGCUCAGCAAUACUUCAAUCAACGAAACGUCUAUCAAACGUGAAGUUAUAGAACCAGAUGCUGCUCCCGAUGAGCGAAGUAUAGUGCAGCGAAUAUUGGACGAUUUUCGGCUCGAAGAUAGCGAAACGUGCUCCAUGGAGGUAGACCUAUCCCUCAUCCAAUCCGAAAGCCUGCGGCGAAGGUUAAUACAGCUGCGAGAUUUAAUCACCAGCCCGCCGAAACCCGUCAAGCGCGAACCGACCUGCCGCCAGUAUGGCCGAGCCAGAGAGAAAAGAGAGAAACUGUUAGCUCGUCGGUUAAGCUACGACACGGAAGAUUCAUCAAUGGCAGGGCAACCGUCAAGCGAUGAUGAGUCGGAAACGAGCACGAUCCGUAAUUCUAACCAUCACAGCGAUACUGAAACAUCAAUGGACGGAAUGGCACUGAACGAAAGUGUGCUAAUACAGGCAAAUCUUACACAACUUUCCGCUUUCUUUUCACAAGCCAUAACUACUAGGCAAGAAGAUGGCGAGUGUAGGGAAGAGAAAGCUCGAAAUGAAACCAAAUCCACUUCGCUCGACGGUGAACCAGCGUUUCACGGGUUUUCUUCACCGAUCUCCCUUGCCUCCGAUAGAUCGUCUUCUCCCAAGACGGUUGCGAUAAACUUUGCCACGUUGAGUGAGUCAGAUGAGAGCAGUUUUCUAUCGGUGGACGAUAACCAUGCGGAGAGUGUGAGUGAACCAAUUACGAUGGAACAGUUGCUGGACGAUGAUGAGGAUCUGUUCAUGCUGGCGCACCCUGCGGAGGAGAAAGAACCCCAUGCAUCGGAUCAGAAGCGAGUGCAAAAGAUAACUGAAGGGACAAACGCGACUCCCAUAAAAUCCGACGGUAAUAAUAAGGUACAUGGAAGGGUUAAUGCUUCUUUGGUGCCUCACAGUGCUAACUCAUACAGUAACACAACGCGCGAUGCUUCGGUAAAUGAUUCUGAUGAAGUGUUACUAAAAGCUCAAGCAAUGUUCACAGAAGAAGAAGUCAAACAGAAGCUUAAUCACCUUCAAAAUGAUUCUAGCAUAAGGGAAUCGUUGCAGGAAAGUGUUGAAAUGAAGGCCGUUCCAAGCGUAAAUGCAAACAACGCAGGAAAAGCUCUUAGGCGGAGGAUAGAAGAACCUGUAUUUUCCAAUCAACCGUUUAGUGGAGGAUUUAGUACGGCUGGUGGCAGCGCAAUUGCCAUAUCGAAAGAAGCGCUCGAAAGUGCUCAGAAAAUGUUUGCCGAAGAGGAAGCCAAGCUUCAGAAUGAGAUGCACGUAGACGAUUCUAAGGCACCGUUGGGAGCAGCUUUUAGUACAGCUGGUGGUAAAUCGAUCACUGUAUCGAAAGAUACCAUCGAAAAGGCGCGUAAAACGUUCGAAGAGGAUGAAAGAACGAUUGGCAAGGACAUUGUGGACGAUCCAUUAGUCACACGGGAAGGAAACCCCUAUCAACCGACAUUCUUGGGAGGUUUUAGUACAGCCGGUGGCAAUACAAUUGCUGUCUCGAAAGCGGCACUCGCAUUGGCACAAAAAGCGUUUGCCGAAGAAGAAACGAAAAUGGAACAGGAAAACAUCACCACAGCAAAUGAAACUUCAUUUGGUGAUGGUGGUUUUAGUACUGCUAGUGGGAGCAAGAUUGCUGUAUCGAAAAGAGCACUCGAAUCGGCUCGCACCAUGUUUGCGCAAGAGGAGGGGGAAGGCACAGAUCAACCCCAAACAACAGGGGAUGGUGGGUUCAAGCCACCUGCUAUGGGAUUUAGUUUUAGUACAGCGAGUGGCAAUAAAAUUGCCGUGUCGAAAAAAGCCCUUGAAAAGGCACAGCAAACGUUCGAAGAGAUAGAAUCGAUGGUGGACAAUGCUACCGGCGUUGAAGCAGCGGGCUCUUGCCAGGAGGUCAGCGGUAUGUGUAUAGAAAAUGAAACGAAAGAGGUCAGAAGUAGUGACAACAUGCGACCAGUUUCUAAGGGAGCUUUUAGUACAGCGAGUGGUUCCUCAAUAGCUGUCUCGAAAAAGGCUUUAAAAACAGCACAAAAGAUGUUUGAGGAGGAAGAAUUGAGCAGAGACAAAGAGAACCAGCCCGGAAAUAUGACUAAUGACUCCUUCGGUGGUGGAUUUAGUACAGCCGGUGGUGGCAAGAUAUCUGUUUCUAAAGAAGCCCUCGAACGAGCACAAAAAGCAUUUGCCGAGGAGGAAGCUUCCAAAUCGGCACUAGAAAAUACUGGAAACCGAAACUCUCCCGAUUUCGCGGCCAGUUUUAGUACAGCGGCUGGUAGUGCAAUUGCAGUCUCGAAGAAAGCUCUCCAAAUGGCACAGAAAGCGUUCGAUGAGGACGAUCUAGGCCCGGUGGUUGAUAAGGAAAACAUCACAGGAAAUUUGCUCGGUGGCUUUAACACGGCAAGCGGUAGUAAAAUUUCCGUCUCGAAAAAAGCAUUGGAAAAUGCAAAGAAAUUCUUCACCGAAGAAGAAGAGGAGAAGGUCACGGAAUGCACUACAGUAAUAUCGAAAAAUGCUUGUGCUAUCGAUCAUGUUGAGGAAAGCGUAACCUCUUUUCCUACGUUUAGUCGAGCGAGUGGAGCUUCCAUUGCCAUUUCGACCGAUGCGCUUGAGAGGGCUAAAAAGUUAUGGAAUGAAUUCGAUGAAGCUGAAAGCAAAGAACCUCUUCCUGCUGGUUGCAACGAUGCUGCAAUAAGUGACUCGGUGCUUGGAGAAAAUGCACCCAAAUUGGAGGAAACUCGCCACAAGCGCCGCCUAUCGCAUGCGCACGAUGAACCGAUACUGACGCCGAAGAAGAAGCUGCGCUCAAACCAUCUCCAUCCACUUGUCCCCUUCCAAACCAGUACGCCAGCAUCGGCCGUAGGUGAAAGUGUAAGGCCCACCACAAAACAGACGAAAGAACCAACCCCACAAGCACACGAUGUCGAUGCGUUUUUCUCGCAGUUGGAUGAUCACGAGUUUCAGCAACUGUUUUGCGUCCAGCAAAUGGGUAAAAAGCCAAACAAAUUGCUGUCCAAAUUUGACCAAUGUUCCGAUGCGAUACCGGCCAAACCGGCGGCGAAAAUGCAACCUGCCGGAUCGGAUUGGGACGAUAGCUUUUCCGAGAUACUGCCCAAUCUUCCCGCCUCGGACGAGUCGGAUGGGAAGCGGCGGUCGGUGCUGGUAAGCCACCUGCCACCGGAGCAUGUACAGCAGGCACGAAGGGAGGAGCUGGAAAAACAGAUGCAAUACAUUGCAAGCAAACCGGCAGAUGCGUGUCGGCCACGGUUGUUUGAGUUUUGUAGCCGAAAGCAGCAGAAGAAUCGUGUCGCAAUAAGGGAGUAUGUUGGUGGUGCUGUUCCCCGGACGGCGGACGUGUUAACCGCAGCGAUGAAUGUCACGCUGGAGAACGUGUUGGAGUUUCGCUUUAAUGUGGCGGAGUAUUACGGGGAAUCGGUCAGCAUCAGCAAUACUGCGCGUAUACCUCUCGGAACGGAUGGGAAAGCGGGAUGCUUACUGAUGGACGCAAACUCCACCAUAGGCGUGGAAGAGAUGCGGUGUGCCUUUCUUGCAGCCCCGGGCAUUGAUCCGCGGCUCGUACCGCAGGGAUGGGUUGAAAACGCAUGGCGCUGGAUCGUAUGCAAGCUGAGUGCGUAUGAGCGCAAUUUUAGCACCCAUCUGCAGGGUGCCUUAUCGCCGGAAAAUGUCUUCCAACAGCUACAGUACCGGUAUCACGUCGAGAUCGAUUCCGCACGCCGGUCCGCCCUGAGAAAGAUGCUCGAAAAGGACGACAUACCGAACCGCCGGAUGGUGCUGUUCGUGUCAAACAUCGUGCACAACGAUGCAGCAUCCGCCGUCGGAAUGGGGCUGGAACUGUCCGAUGGAUGGUACAGUGUGCGAACCGAGAUCGAUUACCCACUGGCGGCGGCUGUUCGCGCCGGCCGUAUCGUCCCGGGCACGAAGCUAAUGAUACAGGGCGCGGAACUGUGCAACCACAAGGAUGGCUGUUCGCCGUUGGAAGUACCGCUGGACGUGCGGUUAAAAAUUGCCACGAACGCAACGCGCCGUGUCCGGUGGUCGGUACGGUUGGGGUACUAUCACCAUCCCGUACCGUUCCUGAUCGGGUGCAAUACUAUUCACGAUCGCGGCGGACUGAUUGCCCGUGUGCGAGCGCUCAUCGUGCGCGUGUAUCCGUUAAUGUACGUGGAAAAAAGCUCGAGCGAAGGGCAGGGAUCGGUACUGCGCUCGGAGCGGAUGCAGCAACGGCACAGCCGCCGGAACGAUGCAAACCAGCUGGAAAAUCUGCACAAACUGUACAACCGCGUGCAGGAGGAAAUCGAACGGGAGCGGGCGGCCAACAGCGUGAAGCGCAACGUGCGCGUGACGGAGAGCACGACGGCGACCGAGCUGCAGGAGUGUUUGGAAAAUGGGCUCGACGUUUCCUUUCUCGACUUUGAACUGACCCGUUCGCAGCAGCUCGUCAUUGAGCAGUUCCAGCAGCGACAGCAGGAGCAGCUGCAGAGCGAAAUCAACCGACGGGUGAAGGCCCUGCUCGCCAAAAGCACCAUCCGGCCGACCGUUACCGCGCUGCUGAAAGUGCGCCUCAUGGAUCGUGCCCAACCGGUACGCUCGUUUGUCCUCUCGAUCUGGCGCCCGACGGACGAUGUGCGUGGUUUGCUGCAAGAGCAAGCCUACGUGGAGUUUGGGAAUGUUACCGCCAACGGGACGAAGAAUAAUGACGUCCAACUAACAGCACACAAGGCCACCACGUACCGCCGGGUAAAGGAUGAUCUCGUCGUCGAACAGCAGGGCCACUCUAGCAGCCGCGCCGUCACACCGAUCGGGUCAAUCGAUGCGGCUAGCUUCCGUCCACCGUUCGGCGAGUUCGACACGGUCGGGGUGGUGGUGCGCGUCGGCCCGGCCGAAACGAAAAAGUUCCAAUCGAUCUACCUGGCCGACACGGCCAUGAACCUGCUGUGCAUCAACUUCUGGCACGGGCUGGGCGAGUACGCGUACGACGACGUGGUGCAGGAGCGGCGGCUACUGUGCGUGUCCAAUCUGCAGUGGCGCACGUUCAGCCGGCAGCCGGCAGUCGGCGUACCGCAGUCGUUCGCGACCGAGUACACCACGUUCACGGAGCAGCACGCCCGCCACGGCCAUCUGCGGGCGGAAUGGGACCGCUGCCAGCUGCAGCUGGACGCGAUCGAUCGCGAUCGAUUCUUCGAGCAGUGUGCGGAGCGGCUCGGCGAGCUGGUGGCAGUGGCAGGGAGCAGCACCCCGAACGUGGGCACACCGUACGGGCAGCGGUCGGUUAGCCGGUUGCCGCAGACUUCCACCCCGGUUGGGGUGGGCAGCCACAGUGCGGCGAAGCGGAAAAUCGAAACACUCGCAUCGAUCUAUCCGGCCAGCCCGCCGAAACUGUCGCCGAUUGUGAUUGGGCGCAAUGCGACUCUUCGGCGGGGGUUUAAAACGCCGGCACGGAUGGAGGAGCGCGAGAACCACCCGGGUGUGAGUUGAGGAGGCGGUUAAAGCGAAGUUGUUAAAGCUGUCGUCCUGCUGGUGUAGCCGUGUCGUAACGGGGGCCUUUCUGACUUAACUUCUGAAUACAGUCCAGCUUGACGAUGCGUUUGUUGCGAAGUUGUCAACGUUUACACAAAAAAGUAUCUCGUGUUAGUACUCAUCAAACGUUCCGAAAUUCAAUUCAAAGCCAAAGCCAACCGAGCUUCGUGGGUACAUGCUUCAGCUAGGGCUGCUUUUAUUUGCGCCAACAGCAUUGCCAUUUGAUGUAGCAUGCCUUGGUUUUGUUUGACUUUACAGCACGCAAACGCCCGCCCAAUCGCCUUGGCACAGCCUUCCGCAGGCAGAAGCCCGACCAAAAACGGGUAAAAGUUCGUACACCAAACCACACCACACAUUCACACACAGCACCGACUUCUCUAAACUUCCCGCGACAGAACCGCUGGGGCCAGCCUGCGCUCGUACGAUGCUCUUUUAAUGUCUAUCUAUUUGUACUGUUGGAAAGUUUUUCUUUUUCCCAUGCGGUUGGACGGGGAAGUAGGGACAGUGCAGGGAAAAGAAAUCGAAGACAAAUACUAAACACGGGGACACCGAAAACCCUUGGGCUUCGGUGGUCGAUACAUGGCUCGUUGGCUAGGUUUGCGAUGCUGUGUUUGUGUGUGUAUGUGUGGUGAUCAAAUAUUGGGUCAUGGUAGAUGGGACAGUUGCUCAAUCGGCCACAUUGGCUGGCCGGUGGCUGGCCCAUUCCGCCCAUUCCGCUCGAUGUCUGUUGUCCGGGUUUCGUAAUCGAUCGACCAAUCGGACCAAAGUUGAGGUUCGUUGGUUUUGUAACGGGGCGAUGCGGUUGUGGCUGCAGCAAUCAAUCAAUGGCCAGUUGGCGUCAGUACGAACCGCUUACCCCUGGCCCCCGUCUGUGGCAAGCAGCUCAACGUAAUAUUUGAACUGACCCCCGGGUGGGGAGAGUUUUAGAGUAGGAACAUAUUCGACUUCCCCACCGUACACUGCUUUGGCGAUGGGGUUGUGGUGCUAAGAAGGAUUUCACGAACAAAAA